GUUUUAGAAGUUUGUCUUUCACUAGUUCAUAGUUUAGGGUUAAUGUGAUGUUUUUUAGGAGUUUUUAGGAGUUUGACAUGAUGCCGUGUUUUUCAUGUGUAAACUCUUAUCUGUGUAGUUUAUCUGAGUUAGGAUGCUUAAUCUUUUUUUUGUUAAUUUGCAAAUUAAUUUAAUAUGUAUUCAAUAUCGCGUAUGGAGGACUAACUAAAAUAAAGAGAUGAAGCAUUUAUCCUCAUAAUUAAAAUAGCCUGCAGUGGAUUUCGAGAUCAAAUGAUCGGGAUAAUGAGUAUCCAGCACAAAAGUUUAGAGCUCUGAUCAUAGAACUUUAUAGAGCGGAAUUAUUUUAGAUUAAACAAACUUUAAGAGUUUUUAACAAUCAUGCAGGCUCUCCAAUUUAACGCUAAACUAAGCCCUCAUGAGAAUCUGAGGUUGAUAAAGACUGCAGUACCACAGAUAUCAGGGCCUACAGACGUCCUCAUCAAAGUCGCCUUUGCUGGACUCUGCGGGACGGAUCUUCAUAUCUUAGAGGGUAAGUUUAAGAACUGUAGCGAUAAGUUUGUAACAAUCGGACACGAGUUCUCCGGAGUAGUGGAGGAGAUCGGAGCUCAGGUUCAAGGUCUCAACAGAGGAGACAAGGUCGGAGUAGAUCCCAACAGACCCUGUCAGAGUUGUAAGUUCUGUAGAAGAGGACAAGUUAAUCAUUGUCAAAAUGGAGGAACAAGAGAUGCAGUAGGAAUAUUCCGUGACGGAGGAAUGGCAGGUUUCUGUCUUGUUCCAGUUGAUCAGGUUCAUCUUCUUCCUUCUUCUCUUUCAUUAGAGCAGGGAGUUCUCUGUGAACCGUUAUCCUGUUUACUGCAUGGUUGGAAGCGCCUGGAGAGUGCUCUUGGUGGUAUUCUACCUGGAGCUAGGGUUCUUAUCACCGGAGCUGGGAUUGUUGGAAACCUGUGGGUUUCAAUGUUUCACUACCACGGAUACAGGAAUAUUACUCUAUCCGAACCCAAGGAAGGACGAAGAGAAAUUGUCAAGGGUUUAGAUACUGGGUGCACAGUAUUGACUCCAGUAGAACUAGGAGCUCAGGAGGACGGAGUAGAUGAUGAGCAGGACGGUUUUAAUAUAAUUGUAGAGUGCUCAGGAUAUCCACCAGCACUACAGGAGGCAAUCUCGAUGUCUGGACGUAAAGCUGUUGUUGUUAUAUUUGGUUGUGCUCCAACAGGUUCACCCAUGAAUCUAUAUCCAGAAGAGGUUUUCAGGAAAGAGUUGACAAUUGUUGGUUGUCUCGUUAACCCCAAUACUUACUCCGAGGCGCUCAGUCUGGCAGCCAACAUGGGAGAUAGAUAUUUAAACUUUGACAAACUUGGUGUCAAGGUUUUCAAACUUACGGAAUAUGAGAAAGCACUCUCAAGUUUGAAGGCAGGAGAGAUUUCUAAAGCAGUGUUUCAUCUGACAAGCUCUAUAUAAACAACUGCAAAAUUGAUAAUUAUGAUUUAGAAUAUUUUAAUAAAUAGAUUCUAUAUAUUACACGAUACAAUGAAAUGUGUAAAGUGUUUUUCUGACAAAAGAAAAGAUUUCAGAAGAAAUAAACUAGAAAAUUUUAA